AUGAUUAUAACAGAUAUGGAACCGAUUCAAGUUUCUCAGAAGACAGACUUUGUUGAACUGAUGAGAGUUUUAGAGAGGCGGUACACUGUUCCAUCACGAAAAUAUUUUGCAGAGCGAUUAAUUCCUGAAAUAAACGAUGAAGUGUGCGCUGAACUGUUAGUAAUGCUAGAUCUAGCAUCUACUCCGUUUCUGUCAUUUACCACUGAUACAUGGACAGCAGGGAAUACUGUACAAUCAUUCAUGGGCUUAACUGCCCACUGGCUGACUGAGCACUUUGAAAACAUGAGCUUUGUGUUAGAUUGUAUUCUAUUCGUUGGACAUCAUACUGCCCCUGCACUGAUGACUGCCUUUCAGCAGUUGCUUGACAAAUGGAACAUUGACGUUGGACAUUGUCAUAUCAUACUUCGAGACAAUGCGGCAAACAUAACAAAAUUUUUCCAUGAUGGCAACAUAGAAAGCUUCGGGUACUUUGCACAUACUACUCAGUUAUGUGUGCAUGAUGGCUUGCUCAGCCAGCCGGCAGUAUCCAAUAUAAUAAGUAUUGGAAAGAAAUUAGUUGGUCAUUUUAAGCAUUCUUCGUCUGCGACUGGUCGGUUCAAGGAGCUGCAGGCUGAACUUUUUUUACCUGACCACCAGCUUAUACAAGACAUUAGUAAAAGAUGGAACUCAACGUUUUACAUGCUGUGUCGACUAUGUGAACAGCGUCGUGCAUUAACUGUCUACUGUUCAGAAGUAGAAGGAACUUCUUGUUCAACUGCAUAUCAAUGGUCUGUAGCUGAGAAUGCAGUAUGUGUGCUGGCUUCAAUUGAAGAGGCUACUCGUGAAGUUAGCUUUGAAACAGCACAUAUAUCACUAGUUAUCCCUAUUCUAACAGCUCUGCGGAACUUAUUGAAUAAGAAAGGCAAUGAUGCAGGUGUAAAGACUAUGAAGUCAACUCUACUUAAGUCAUUGGAUGAGCGUUUUAAAGACAUUGAGAAGAAACCUCUUUAUACAGAGGCAACAAUGGUUGAUCCAAGAUUUAAAACAAAAUUCUUUUCAUCACAAGCAACACUAACAGCUGCAAAAGCAGCGGUUCUCCUUGCAUUUAAUAAAAUUACAUUGCAGAAGGUAUCGAUUCAAGAUGAAAGUCAAUCUGAGCAUGCCGAGCAGCAGAUUGACAAAAUUGAAGAAGUUCCAGCAAAACAAGCUCGACUGGAUAAUUUUUCUACAUCAUCAUUACUCUGGCGAUGUAUUGAUGAAAUUAUUUAG